AUGUCUGUUCAACCAGGAUAUGGUUAUUCAUUCUUGGUCAUGCCUUCCGAGGCCUUUUCGAAAUUUCAAGAAAUGUUUGAUGCUUUUAAUGAUGAUUGGAAAUUGGAUAAUCAUGGAAAGGAAUUUAAAAAGUCGUCAUUGAAUAAUAAUGACAGUACGGAUCGACCACGACAGAAUUUUCAUUCCACAUUUGUUGGAAAAAUUCCGAAUAGCAAGAAAGAGGAAGCGAUUAAAGCCUUGCAGGAAUUGGUCACAAAUGGAGCAGAUGGCAAGAAAUUGUAUCCAUUCAAAGCAACCAUUGAACAUUUUAUGAUUUCUCCUGUUGAGAGAAUUAAAAACAAAAAGGUGUAUUGUUUAUUUGCCGCUUUGAAAAUUGAAACAUUGAGGCAAGAUCAAAUGUCAUUUGUACAUGCUAGAAGAAAAUGUGCAGAAAUUACUGGUGGAAAAAUUGUUUAUAAUGAGAACGAAGCUCAUGUAUCAUUGAUUUAUACUGAUGAGACUCAUGUAGAGGAAUUAAAACAAAUCGUUGAUCGGUUUAACGACAAAUUUGAAUUCGAAAUUGAUGAAGUGGCGAUUAAAUUCCAUGAAGAUACAGUCAAAAUUCCAUUUAUCAAGGAGUAG